AUGAAGGGAUUAGAAAUCCCGCUGGCGGAGGAGACUGUUAUUGCCGAAGAGGCUUACGUUGUUGUGUACACACGUUCUGCACUGGCGGAGCAAACGACACCGGUCGAUCUGAAAAUUGUGGACUCCAUUGCAUCGGUAUCCAACAUCAGCUUCCCUGAUUUCGACCUUGACGAGGGCGACCUCGGAGGCCUCUUAGAAUGGCAGCGGCCCAGCACCAGGGGAAGUGACGAGGUCGAGUUUUACAUUGUCUACUUCGCUUCGUGCGGCACUGCGAACGGGUCAGACAGUUGCAGAGGUGCGAAGUCCUACUAUUCCGAGACCCCGUUUGGGACAGAGAACUUGACGGUGGAGCCGGAGACGUCCAUCAACAACUUCACCCACUGGCUCAUCUACACCCGGUCGAGCCUGGUGGAACAGACCUACCCGGUGGCACACAAAAUAUUUGACGCGACCUCCAGCGUAUCAGGAAUUCAAUUCACCGACAAAGACCUCGACGCCUUGGAGCUAGGAGGCACCACCUAUUGGCUGCAGCCUGCCUACGACGCCCGAGUGCGGUCCUACAAUGUGUACCUGUCGGCAGAUCCAGCAGGUGGUGGUCGUUCGCACUUGGGCACCGUCGAAGCAGCCGAAAGCAGCUUCGC